AAGAACUCACAGUAUGAGCGCUCUGUUAGGUACACGUUUUAUGUGUUUUACAUAAUUUGUGAGAUUUAUAGUUAUUUUGAUGUGUAUUUUUCUGUGCAUGUUGUUUUUCUCUCUUUGGCGUUUUAAUAAUGAUCGUAAAAUAAUCUUAUUAUCGCCGUAUGUAGCGGUUUUGUGACAGACGCUUUAAAAUAUUCAGUUUCAGGAGAAACAAGGAGAAAUCUGAGAAUAUCUUGUUUAAUUUCUGAUUAAAGAGCUUGUUAAAUCAAUCUGCUGAUUAUAAACGAGUUCAAUGAAGGCGAUUGUAUGUCGUAAACAGGUGGAUUAAUAUUUUUCAAUAUUCCUGCUGUGGAUGUGAUCUGCUGUAAAUCAGUAGGAACUGAUCUGUCCAUGCUGGAUAUUGAUUAGUGAGGUGACGUCACUGAAGACAAAGCUGAUGGAGAGAGAGGACAGGUUACAGCAGCUGGAAAAGGUUUCCUGUCAAUCUUCAGUGUGUGUGACUGAUGGGACCUCCACAGAAUGUCAGGAUUCAGUGUGGAGCGGCAGAGAUCAGUCCACACCACAGCGACUGCUGGACAAACUCUCUGAACAGAGAUCCAGAGACACACAGGACUCACAGCUCACUUUACUCUGUUCUACUGAUGGUAAUCAGGGUGAUCAAACCUCCACAGACUCUCUGACUUCUGUCUGUAAUGCUGGAGAACAGCAGAUGCUGCAGAUACCAGUGAAGAAUGAAGUGGAGCAGGAGGAGAUAAAAGAAGAGGAACAACAGAGUAAUGAUGAUGAUGAUGAUCAAACCUCCACAGAGUCUCUGGCUUCUGUCUGUAACGCUGGAGAACAGCAGAUGCUGCAGACACCAGUGAAGAUGAAGAUGUGUUCAGUGAAGCUGCUGGACUGCAGGAACCUGAUGAAGAUGAGAGGAGAAACCACAGCAGAGGAACAACAGAGUGAUGAAGAUGAUGAAACCACAGCAGAGGAACAACAGAGUGAUGAUGAUGAUGAUGAUGAAACCACAGCAGAGGAACAACAGAGUGAUGAAGAUGAUUUUCUUCCUUCAGAGCUGAUGGAAGUAGAAGAAAAAAGUCAAGAACUGAAUGAAGUGGAGGACAAACUUCAGUAUCAGAAAAAUCAUGAUUUAAUAACUGGAGAAGAAACUUUGAGUGGCUCAAAGACUAAGAAGAAUUUAUCACCAAUAAAGCAUCAAAGAAGAGCAGCCAAAAAUACUUUCACCUGCUCACAAUGUGGAAAGAGUUUCACAUAUAAAAGCCAGCUUAAUAUACACAUGAGAGUUCAUACUCGAGAAAAGCCUUACUCGUGCCAUCAGUGUGGAAGAGGUUUCACACGUAAAGAACUUCUUAAUUUGCACACAAGAGUUCACACAGGAGAGAAAGUUUUCAAGUGCCGUCACUGUGGAAAGAGUUUCGCAGAUCCGGUAAAUCUCAAGAAUCAUCUCCGCUGUCACUCUGGAGAAACAGCAUUUGAAUGUGAUAAGUGUGGAAAAACAUUCGUUUUGAAUUCAGACCUAAAACAACAUCUGAAAACUCACACAAAUGAGAAGCCUUAUAAGUGUUCUUUGUGUGGAAAGAGUUUUACACGCCUGUCCUAUUUUAAGGAGCACCAGAAAAUUCAUACCGGUGUGAGCACUCAUAUGUGCUUUGAAUGCGGAAAUACCUUUACUGCAGCCAGCAACUUGAAACGGCAUCUAAGAAUUCAUACUGGGGAGAAACCUUACAAGUGCUCACACUGUGAAAUGAGUUUCACUUGGUCACAAGACCUGAAAGAACAUGAGAGAAUCCAUACUGGGGAGAAACCUUACAAGUGUUCACACUGUGAAAAGAGUUUCACUCGGUCACAAGACCUGAAAGAACAUGAGAGAAUCCAUACUGGAGAAAAGCCUUACAAGUGCUCACACUGUAAAAAGAGUUUCACUCAGUCAGGAAACCUUAAAACACACGAGAGAAUCCAUACUGGAGAAAAACCUUACAAGUGCUCACACUGUGAAAAAAGUUUCACCCGGUCAGAAUACCUGAAAACACACAAGAGAAUUCAUACUGGAGAGAAACCUUACAAGUGCUCACACUGUGAAUUGAGCUUCACUUGGCCAAAGUCCCUAAAAGCACAUGAGAGAAUCCAUACUGGUUAGUUGUAUCUAAUUAUUGUGAUGACUCCACCACAAGAUGGCAACACCUUUAAACAUUAGACUAGAUGCAUGCAUUAUUAAAUUGUGCAACUCACGUCAUGAAAAUUUAUGUUGUUCUGUAUUGUUGUUCUUGUGUUCCAAACGAUCCUACUAAAUGUGAAAUUUUGCAGAAGCCAUGUGUUGGUGAUUUUUUUUUGCCCCAUGAGAUCUUACAGUUUCUUCAAUGACAUGCACUGCAUAAACCAUAUAAAGGUCUCAGAUCACGUCUAAUUUUCACAAUUCAUGUUUUCUGUAGUACGUAGUUCCCUUUCGAUUCAGUUCACUUAACAUCACCUUUGUCUAAUGAUGGACUACACUCUUGAAAUGGAAUACAUAGACUAUCAAUUAAUUGUCAACAAAACCCUUCAUCAGCCAACUAACAAGGACAAUGCAUCUAUGUGAACUUCUGCAGUUAAUCCAGGAUGGACUUCAAAGACAUUAGUCAUUAAUCUUACAGUUCAUACAAAAUCUUUGUUUUAAACACUGACCCUUAACACUUACUUAGUUUAAUCAUUUUAAACCAUGACUUGCACUGCACAUAAAUAACUAAUAUUGGCAUUAUAUUCAUGAUGUUAGCCAGCGGGGAACUGGCACCCACAGUGAACCUGGGUUCUCCCAAGGUUAUUUUUCUCCAUUAAUCAACAUUUUAUGGAGUUUUGUGUUCCUUGCCACAGUCGCCUUCGGCUUGCUCACUGGAGUUAUAAUUACAAUAAUUAUUUAACUAUAUUUAUUUUUAUACACAAUUUACAGUUACACAAUGAUGACUAAGACUUUAUAGAUAUUACAGUUUCAUUUUCUGUUAAAGCAUGUUUUUCUGUUCAGCUGCUUUGAAACUAUGUGUGUUGUGAAAAGCGCUGUACAAAUAAAAAUGAUUUGACGUUGCGAUAACACUAAGGGGAAUUCUUUCGACCUAGUUGAAACCCUUGUACAGUAACACCAAUCCUCUGAUUGGCAAUGUUGUUCGAGCCCUGCCCCUUUAGGCCUAUAUAAGCAGGCGCUCAAUCACCAUUUUUUCAGAAUUUUCUUCUUUCAAGACUGCAAACAUCAUCUUCAUCUUGGAAAUCCUUUCUACUUCGCCAUCGAGAUACACCUUCAGCUGACGGGACUUUCUCUGCAAGACGCACACAGGACGACUUGUCACCUGUGCUUCUAGCGCCUGCAGCGAGAAGACUCCCCGCUCCCCUGUGUAUUCCGGUGAAGAUUUCUCCGCCUCGCUGUCAAAGAUGCUCUCGGUGAAUGGGUUCUUCACUUCAGACGCUCGCCAUUGAACAACGUGACGCUUCAGCUGUAGACCUACCCACUUCCUUAAAAAUGUCAUUCCGCAAGUGUUCCAUAUGCGAGCGGCACAUCCCGCCAUCGGACGAGGAUGAGUGCUGUAUUCGCUGCCUGGGCCGUGCCCACCCCGAAGCAGCUCUCAUGGAGACAGACUGCCCUCACUGCAAAGGCAUGAAUCUUCAAUUGUUAUGCUAGGAUCUCGCUCAUUCUGAAGGACGAUCCAGCCUCCUGUGCCCUCCCACCCGCCUCUUCUGUUUUAAGUCCUGAGGGACCUGGUUCAGCACUCCACAGCAUGGUCGUGCUCCAGGUUUAUCAGGCCAAACUUCUCAAGCAAAUGGAUAAGCAAGGCACAGAUCCAAAGCUGUUCAAAGAGCUUCGCACUGCUACAGAUUUGGCACUGCGAGCCACAAAGGCUACCGCUCAGGCCAUCGGAAAAGCGAUGAGCAGCCUUGUGGUUCUGGAUCUGCAUAUUUGGCUGACUCUCACAGAGAUGCAUGUUGCAGAGAAAGCCGCCCUCCUCAACACCCCUGUGUCACCUGACAGUCUCUUUGGCAACGCCAUGGAAGGCUUUGCAGAGCGCUUCAUCGCGGCACAAAAGCAGUUCCAACCGAUGAAGCACUUUUUACCAAAGAAAAACUGCUCUUCCUCUCACCCGGCCCGCUCUACUUCCUGUCAGUGCCCGGCAAAGAACCCCGCUCCCGCUGCUCCAGCGCUGCCAAAAAAGCACCCACCAUUUCAGACCGACCCCUGCACUGACGGAACACCCCCCCCCCCCCAAUCUGUUCACAGAGAGCGUGAUAGAGACUGCUCCGAACUGCGACGCCCACAGCGGUUGUUAUUUUCUUUUUCCGAAGGUGGAGGGCUUCGGCCCAUUCUAGGUCUGAGAUGCUUGAAUCGCACGCUUGCGGAGCGCCCAUUCAAAAUUAUAACUCAGACACAGAUCUUAUCACACAUCUGUCCUCAGGACUGGUUUGCGUCAAUAGAUCUGAAGGACAUGUACUUUCAUGUACCAAUUGCGCCAUGUCACAGGCGGUUUUUGAGAUUCGCGUUCGAGGGAACUGUGUAUCAAUUCAAAGUCCUUCCCUUCCCCGUACGUUCACGAAAUGUAUUGAUCGGAUAGAGCUACUAGCUGUCUUACUAGACUAGAAGGCUUUUCAUUCUAACAUAGUGAAUCACCAUGUUCUGAUUCGUUCUGACAAUAUGACAUUAGUGCUGUAAAUAAAUCACCAGGGUGGAAUUCGAUCACUGCAAUCUGUUGUCACCCCAAGGAGCAUUACUGGGGGGAUGAAGACUUAAUCCUCAGAUGGUUCUAAGAAUUUGAGAAGUAUUCAGCAAAGCGGAAGUUGACCUAUUCGCUUCUGCAGAGAAUGCCCACUGUCCCCUCUGGUACUCCAUGUCCCAAGCCCCCCUGGGGGUGGACACCUUGGCCCACAAAUGGCCUGCAAAACGCAAGUAUGCGUUUCUCCCAGUACGCCUAUAUUCUGUCAUCAGCAAAGUCAGAGAGGACAAGGAAACAGUUCUGCUGGUUGUGUGGCGAAGACCCCGUGAAUUGCUCCAUAGCUGAGAUCCUUACAUUCCCUCAAGAGUGGCUGGAUGCUGGUCUUACCCCGUCAAUGCUUAAGGUUUAUGUAGCGACUAUCUCGGAAUAUCAUGCCCCAGAGGCUGGCAGACAUGAUAUAGUCAUAAAUUCCUUAGGGGAGCAAGGCGCUUGAACCCCCCCACUCCCUGCUUUCGUGCUGACUUGGUACUUAAACCUGGUGCUGAAGGCACUCACGAUUGGGGGCUGGGCGUGUGGACUCACUGCCCGGCCCCACCCUCCUCCUUGUCACAGUGCCUAAGGUUUUAUCAACGCCCUUCAGGGCUCAAGUGGUCUGUUUACAUGCCUUCUUACCCCCACCAUUUAAUUCAGAUGAAGUGCAGUCUAUGCGUUUCUUAUGCCUUGCACACACAUGUUGAGUGCACCUGCCAGUUUAGGAUCAGCUCUUUGUUAUGCAGGAUGCUGUCUCACUUGAUUGUUGAUGCGAUCGCCUUCGCUUAUGAAUCACAGGGCUUGAAUUGCCCUAUUGGUGUCAAAGCACAUUCAACUAGAGGCAUGGCCUCUUCAUGGGCAUGGACAAAUGGUGUGUCCUUGCAGGAGUUCGGACCAGUGGGGGAGCCCAAGCCCUUUAUUACGGGUGGGCUACCGAUUAUGUUUGACACAGCCACCUGUAUGUAGGCUGUUGUUAAAUUGCCCCUUUAAAGUCACAAGCACUCCCAGUAAGAAAUAAAACCUACUUUUCCAACCACGGUUGUGAAAAGGUUAAAAUUAUACUGUGUGUAUCUAUACGGUUCAUUUAGAUUUCCAGAUUAUUUAACUCUCCAACUGGGGUUCGCCACGUGAGAUUAUUCAUAAAUUAUUUAUAAAACAUGUCUUCAAGUGUAUAAGUCAUUGUCCUUUAGGCCUGUGACUUCUUAUUCAUAUUCUAAUUCAAGUAUACAGUUGUGCUCAAACGUUUGCAUACCCUUGGAGAAUUGGUAAUAUAUGUACCAUUUUUAAAGAAAACAUGAGUGAGCAGGCAAAACACAUUUCUUUUAUUUCUUAUGGGAUUCAUAUUCAACUGUAGGUUAUAACAGAAUGGCACAAUCAUAAAACAAAACAUGGCAACAAAGAAAAAAAUGAAAUGACCCCUGUUCAAAAGUCUGCAUACCCUUAGUUCUUAAUACUGUGUAUUGCCCUCUUUAGCAUCAAUGACAGCGUGCAGUCUUUUGUAAUAGUUGUCUUUGAGGCCCCAAAUUCUUGCAGGUGGUAUAGCUGCCCAUUCGUCUUGACAAAAUGCCUACAGGUCAUGCAUCGUCUUGCAUGAACUGCAUGUUUGAGAUCUCCCCAGAGUGGCUCGAUGAUAUUAAGGUCAGGAGACUGUGAUGGUGUGUUGGUGGCGUAGUGGACUAAAGCACUGAACUGGUAAGCAAAAGGUUGUUGGUUCAAUCCCCACAGCCACCACCACUGUGUCCUUGAGCAAGGCACUUAACUCCAGGUUGCUCCAGGGGGAUUGUCCCUGAAAUAAGGGCACUGUAAGUCGCUUUGGAUAAAAGCAUCUGCCAAAUGCAUAAAUGUAAAAUGAUGGCCACUCUAGAACCUUCACCUUUUUCUGCUGUAACCACUGGAGGGUCAACUAGGCCAUGUGCUUAGGGUCAUUGUCGUGCUGGAAAGUCCAAGAGCAUCCCAUGCGCAGCUUUCGUGCAGAAGAAUGCAAAUUGUCUGCCGGUAUUUUCUGAUAACAUGCUGCAUUCAUCUUGACAUCAAUUUUCACAAGAUUCCCUGUGCCUUUAGAGCCCCCCCCCCAAAAACAUCAGUGAGCCACCACCAUGCUUCACAAUGGGGAUGGUAUUCUUUUCACUAUAGGCCUUGUUGACCCCUCUCCAAACAUAGCACUUAUGGUUGUGACCAUAAAGCUCUAUUUUGGUCUUGUCACUCCAAAUUACAACGUGCCAGAAGCUGUGAGGCAUGUCAAGGUGUUGUUGGGCAUAUUGUAACCGGGCUUUUUUGUGGCAUUGGCGCAGUAAAGGCUUCUUUCUGGCAACUUGACCAUGCAGCUCAAUUUUGUUCAAGAAUCGUCGUAUUGUGCUCCUUGAAACAACCACACUGUCUUUUUCAGAGCAGCCUGUAUUUCUCCUGAGGUUACCUGUGAGUUUUUCUUUGUAUCCCGAACAAUUCUUCUGGCAGUUGUGGCUGAAAUCUUUCUUGGUCUACCUGACCUUGGCUUGGUAUCAAGAGAUCCCAGAAUUUUCCACUUCUUAAGUGAUUGAACAGUACUGACUGGCAUUUUCAAGGCUUUGGAUAUCUUUUUAUAUCCUUUUCCAUGUUUAUAAAGUUCCAUUACCUUGUUACGCAGGUCUUUUGACAGUUCUUUUCUGCUCCCCAUGGUUCAGUAUCUAGCCUGCUCAGUGCAUCCACGUGAGAGCUAACAAACUCAUUGACUAUUUAUACACAGACACUAAUUGCAAUUUAAAAAGCCACAGGUGUGGGAAAUUAACCUUGAAUUGCCAUUUAAACCUGUGUGUGUCACCUUGUGUGUCUGUAACAAGGCCAAACAUUCAAGAGUAUGUAAACUUUUGAUCAGGGCCAUUUGGGUGAUUUAUGUUAUCAUCAUGAUUUAAAAAGGAGUCAAACAACUAUGUGAUAAUAAAUGGCUUCAUAUGAUCACUAUCCUUAAAUAAAAGACAGUUUUUUUGCAUGAUCAGUCAUAUUUUCAAAAUCAAUGCCAAAAUUUCACAAUUUCUGCCAGGGGUAUGCAAACUUUUGAGCACAACUUUAUAUAUGUUUGGGGGUAUGAUGUCACAAAAUGCGGCGUGAUGGGACUCUGUUCCCCACAGUGUUAUUGCAAUGUUGAGUGAACUAAAUUGAAAGAGAACGUCUCCGGUUACACAUCUAUCCUCAGUUCCCUAAAGUUAAGGGAACAAGACAUUGCGAAUCUGGCCGCACUACUACUUAAGAGUUUAGAGGUACAAGUGAUGCCCUCUUGUCCCUCAGUCAGAAAAUUCUGAAGAAAUGGUGAUUAAGCACCCACUUAAAUAGGCCAACUGUGCGUCUAAAGGGGUGGUACUCAAACACCAUUGCUAAUCAGAGGAUUGGUGUUAUUGUACAAGGGUUUCAACUAGGUUGUCAGAGAAGGAAUUCCCCCCAGAGUUAUCACAAUGUCUCGUUCCCUUCAUCUCAGGGAACCGAGGUUACAUGUGUAACCGGAUACGUUUUCCAUUCUGACUAGUGGCAAUUGCUUUAAUAUUCCAGGUUUAAUACAAGUUAAGCUCAAUCAGUAGCCUUUGUGGCAUGAUAUUGAUUACCACAAAAAAAUUAUUGUCAUCCCUCCUUUUCUUUGAAAAAAAGAAAAAAAUUGAGGUUAUAGUGAAGCAUUUUACAAAUAAAAAUGACUUACUAUGGAAGUGAAUGGGGCAAAUUUUUAAAGUGUUUAAAGGUAGAAAUGUGAAGCUUAUAAUUUUAUAAAAUCACAUACAUGAAUUCUGUAUUUGAACUACAAAGUUGUUUAAAUUGUUUUUUUUCACUGUAGUUUUAUAGUGUUACGUCGUCAUGACAGCGAAGUUGUAAAAUUGGAUAUAACUAAACAGAAAUGGCUAGUGAUUUUCACACACUAAAAUCAUGUUAACACUAGUGCUGUCAGUCGAUUAAAUGUUUUAUCAUGAUUAAUCGCAUAAUUGUAGUUAAUCACGAUUGAUCGCAGAUUUUGAUAGUGCUGAAAUUUUUUGAAACCAUAUAUACUUCUUUUCCUGUCAAAAUGCUUUUAUUUCCAUCUUAAGAAAACAAAACAAUAGUAACAAUAUAAUGCUUUAACAUUUUCCAAACAAAGCCUUCCACAGUACAAAGACUGAACUGCUCUAAAAUAGCACCAAUUCAAGUAACAUUAAACAUUUCCCAUAGUCUAAGUGAAGUUUGACAAAUUGAAAGGACUAGUUCCCCCAUAUGUUGUAUAUUCAUUGCAAUGCUCAUUAAAUCUCUUAAACUCAAUUCUGUACAACAUUAGUCUGCAGGUAGACUGUGGCUAUCCGCUUUGUUACAGCAAUCAUGAAGCUGCGUUCACGAUACACGUCAGGGCAGAAAUGCCAGCGCCUGCUUUGAAAUCCACAUGAAGAGUGCUUACAAACAAAAACGGCUCAUUCUGCGUUUUGGUGAGUGUUAAAAUUUUACGUGCUUCUGUGAUAAUUAAAAUGCACCUUACACAGGUGAAAAAAUACUUUAUUUCUAUCACAAGUCCCAUCUGGGCUUGUUUUGUACAUCAAAUAGCAUUACGAGCUAAUUACGAGUUACACCAAUCAGCCACAACAUUAAAAUCACCUGCCUAAUAUUGUGUAGGUCCCCCUCGUGUCGCCAAAACAGCACCAACCCGCAUCUCAGAACAGCAUUCUGAGAUGAUAUUCUUCUCACGACAGUUGUACAGAGUGGUUAUCUGAGUUACUGUAGACGUCAGUUCGAACCAGUCUGGCCAUUCUCUGUUGACCUCUCUCAUCGACAAAGCAUUUCCGUCCACAGAACUGCCGCUCACUGGAUGUUUUUAGUUUUUGGCACCAUUCGGAGUAAAGUCUAGUGACUGUUGUGUGAAAGUCCCAGGAGAUCAGCAGUUACAGAAAUACUCAAAACAGCUGAUCAGUGUACUUCUGACAGCUCUAGUUAACACACAUGUUGUUUACAUCUUGUGAAACAGUGAGUAUUUUAACAUUUAUGGAUUGGCCCCAUUCACUUCUAUUGUAAGUGCCUCACUGUAACCCAGAUUUUUUUUUUUUUUUUUUUUUAAGAAAAGGAGGGACGAGUAAAUUGCGCGCACACACACACACAAAAAAUGUCAAGAUUGGAUAUUGAGGUAUUAUUAAAUUGGAUGUAAUUUAUUUGCAAUCUCUAACAAAGUGCUUUGAUGUAUAGUGUGCUGACUGUACAUGUAAAUAGAAAUAAAAGGAGUACAAAAAAAAUACUGGGUGACCAGCGGAGAAAUUAGUCAAAUGUUUUACUAUUCAUAUCAAAACAGUCGUAAGUGCUGGUCAGACUUUAUUUUACAGAGCAAUGUAGUCACUGUGGUGUAAGAAGUUGUUGAGCCUGGAGACAAAAUGUAGUUUGCAUACAAGCCUGAACACAUUUUACAACAAUCCAUAAUGUAGUAUGUCACAUUUCAGUACCAACCAAAAUUAAUGCAAUUUCACAUAACUUCAGAAUAAGACACGUGGACUUUUCUGGGUAUGCAGACUUCUGUUAUAUUAUAAAAGUGCACACAUCUAUGAGAAUUAUGUUGGCAUUUGUGGACCGGUAUUAGCUUGGUUUAGGUCCUAUUAUGUAUACUUUGUCUGUGUAAACAAGGAAUUGUCAGAUCAAACUAAAGUUAAAAAUGGAGUGCCACAGGGACCUGUUUUAGGGCCUCUCCUUUUCUCCUUAUAUACAGUGGUGUGAAAAAGUGUUUGCCCCCUUCCUGAUUUCUUAUUUUUUUUGCAUGUUUGUUGCACUUAAAUGUUUCAGAUCAUCAAACAAGUUUAAAUAUUAGUCAAAGAUAACACAAGUAAACACAAAAUGCAGUUUUUAAAUGAAGGUUGUUAUUAUUAAGGGAAAACAAAAUCCAAACCUACAUGGCGCAAUUUACAAUCAUCUUAUUUUUUUAUGAAACCGCAUUAUUAUGACUCGAAGAAAUAUCUAUAUUACAGCUUUUAC